UGUGCGAGACGGUCUGCUUCGGUUGCGUAGCUACUGCUGCAGCUCUCGGCAGAAGCGCGCGCUACGUGCUACAUGGCUCCACCAGCCGCGCGUGCGGUCGCGACAUUGGUGUGAAGAAGAAGAAGAAGAAGGAGAAGGAGAAGAAGGAGAAGAAGAAGAAGAGGAAGAGCGCCUCGUACUGGCGCCGAACCACCGAGCGGACCUGAUGAAGAGCCGCCCGUUACACACGCGCUGCUAGGCGGAAGGAAAUUCUAUCCGCGAUGUCCAAGAGCCUGAAGAAGAAAAACCACUGGACGAACAAAGUCCACGAAGCGGUGCUCACCCGCAACAAGGAGGGCGAGCUGGGCUUCGAGCUGCGUGGCGGCGCCGAGAACGGUAAUUUCCCUUACUUUGGAGAGGUGAAGCACGGAAAGGUGGCCAUCCAGAGCGGCAAGCUGUGCGCCGACGAGCUGCUUCUGGAGGUCAACGACACGCCGGUGGCUGGCCUCACCACCCGGGACGUGCUGGCCGUCAUCAAGCACUGCAAAGACCCGUUUCGCCUCAAGUGUGUGAAGCAAGGAGGUGUCGUAGAUAAAGACCUUCGCCAUUACCUUAACCUCCGAUUCCAGAAGGGCUCAGUGGACCACGAGCUUCAGCAGAUCAUACGGGAUAACCUCUACCUCCGCACUGUGCCCUGCACCACGCGACAACCAAAAGAGGGAGAGGUCCCAGGUGUGGACUACAACUUUGUGAGUGUCGACCGGUUUAUGGAAUUAGAGAAAAGUGGGGCUUUACUAGAGAGUGGAACAUAUGAAGAUAACUUCUAUGGCACGCCCAAGCCCCCGGCGGAGCCCACGCACAUGCUGUUUAAUGUGACUGACCAGCUGCUGCCAGGUGCUCGCCCCAGCGCUGAGGGGAAGAGGAAGAGGAACAAGUCAGUGAGCAACAUGGAGAAGGACAGCAUCGAGCCUCCAGAGGAAGAGGAGGAGGAGAGUCCUGUCGUUAAUGGCAACGGCAUUGCUAUCACGCCAGAAUCAAGUGAGCACGAAGACAAGAGCACUGAUGCGUCAGGCGACGUGCCCCCGCAGUCGUGCCCCACCGAGACACCCACCCUGACAGGCACAGACGCUCCUGAAGAGGAACACGAUGCCCCAAAAUCCCCGGCCGACUCACAGGGCAACGACGAGCUCGGGCCGCUACCCGACAACUGGGAAAUGGCCUAUACAGAGAAAGGAGAAGUCUACUUCAUUGAUCACAAUACCAAAACAACAUCAUGGCUUGAUCCUCGAUUAGCCAAGAAGGCCAAACCACCAGAGGAAUGUGAAGAUGACGAGCUGCCGUAUGGCUGGGAGAAAAUAGACGACCCUAUAUAUGGCAGUUACUAUGUGGACCACAUUAACAGGAGGACGCAGUUCGAAAACCCCGUCCUGGAGGCCAAAAGAAGAAUUCAGCAGCAGCAGCAAAUGCAGAGCCAAGGCCUGUCAUCCCUGCCGCUGCCCACCAUCUACAGAGAGAAGCCUCCGUUCACGCGAGAUGCCACACAGCUGAAAGGCACAUUUCUGUCCACGGCACUGCAGAAGAGCAACAUGGGCUUCGGCUUCACCAUCAUCGGCGGAGAUGAACCGGACGAGUUCCUGCAAGUGAAGAGCGUCAUUCCAGACGGCCCGGCUGCUCAGGAUGGCAAGAUGGCCACCGGUGACGUUAUCGUCUACAUCAACGACAUCUGCGUCUUGGGCACCACCCAUGCAGACGUGGUCAAGCUUUUUCAGUCGGUGCCCAUCGGCCAGAGCGUGACCCUCGUGCUGUGCCGAGGCUACCCACUGCCCUAUGACCCCGAGGAGCCGUCGGCCAGCUCGACGGUGCCCCCUCUGGGCCUGGUGGACCCCUCGCUCCUGCUUAACGGACGCAGCAGCUACGAUAACUACAUGGAGUACAUGUCUCUGACGGGGCGCCUGCUUCCUGAGCACGGAGACGCUCUAUCCCAGGCAUCCCAUCCCGGAGACACACACCUGGACGGAUCGCAGCCGCCGUCCCUCAACACACCGGGGCCUGUACACGACGACGCUGUCUCCAUGGCAUCGUCGUCCGGGGCAACAGCCAGCGCUCAAGCAGCACCAGAGAUUCUGAGCCUCACCAUGACCAAAGGAGCUGAGGGUUUCGGGUUCACCAUCGCAGACAGUCCGACAGGCCAACGGGUCAAACAGGUGCUGGAGCCGCAGGGGUGUCCGGGCCUGUGUCAAGGCGAUCUGAUAGUGGAGAUUAACCAGCAGGGGCUGCAGGGCCUCAACCACUCACAGGUGGUGCAGAUCCUGAAGGACUGCGCCGUGGGGACCGACGCCACCCUCGUCAUCCAGAGAGGAGCAGGAGCAGGACACUUCUCUUCCUGGGAUGGUGCCAAACAGUGGGACCCCCAGGGAAGCCCCCAGACCGGCCUCUCAGCCCCUGGCCUCCACCACACCGCUGCUCAUGUGGGCCAAACGCUCCACUGCACAUCAGCCCCUGACCCAGAUGGAGCUCACCUCAGCAAACCCGACCCCUACGACCUCUAUGAGAAAUCUCGAGCUUUAUACGAGAGCAGGCAGCCAGGCCCACCACGAACGCUGACUGACUCUACAGCUGUAGAGUACCAGGAGGUAGAAGUUCACCUGCUGAGAGAGAAGACGGGCUUUGGCUUCCGCAUCCUCGGAGGAGACGAGGCGGUGCAGGCUGUGAGUCCGGAGGCCCGUGACAAGAUCGUCAUCGGAGCGAUUAUCGAGAACAGCCCGGCGGAGCGGGAUGGGCGUCUGCGCCCAGGUGAUGAGCUGGUGUCUGUGGACAGGAUGCUGGUGGCAGGUCGACCGCACAGCUACGUCAUCGACCUCAUGCAUGCGGCGGCACGCAACGGCCAAGUGACGCUUACUGUGAGACGCAGAGUUGUGCCUCAUCCCGGCCAGCCCUGUGGAGAGAAUGGAUCAGCAGCCAAUCAGAGCAGCUCUCCCCGAGGCCGAGCCGUGUGUCCAGUCAACCUGCCGCCCACCACGGAUGUAGUCAUCCACCGCAAAGAGACCGAAGGCUUUGGCUUUGUCAUCAUCAGCUCCCUGAACAGACCGGAGAACACCACCACAAUCUCCGUGCCACACAAAAUCGGCCGCAUAAUCGAGGGCAGUCCGGCUGACCGCUGCGGGAAGCUGAAGGUUGGCGACCGCAUCAUGGCUGUCAACAAUCAGUCUAUUAUCAACAUGCCUCAUGCUGACAUUGUGAAGCUGAUCAAAGAUGCAGGACUCACUGUUACUCUGCACAUCAUCCCAGAGGAAGAUGUAAAUGGCCCCCACUCUGGCCCUACCUCAGAGAAACAGAGCCCCCUGGUGGUUCAGAAGCAGAGUCCCUCGACCUCUGCAACUCAGCCGAGUCCCAUUGUGGCCAACCCAAGCCCCCCGGCCCCCCAUCCAAGCCCCGCCACCACGCAAUCCAGCCCCCAGCGAAUGGAGCCAAGUCCUGCAGGAGCACAGAGCACCACGCCAGUCACUCAGGCCAAUCAGCCUGCUAGUCAGCCCAGCCUCGAGGCAGUGCACUCAGGCCCGAUGGUGAGUCAGGCAGGACUGGUGGGGGAUCAGAGUGUCCCUGUACCGAGCGUUCAGGCCGUCCCGGUUGUUUCGGGUAUCCCUGUUGUUCAGGGAAUCCCGGUCAUCCCAGGUGUCCCAGCUGUUCAGCUUACCACCAUGGGUGGGGUGCCAGUCGCAGUGCCACCUCAGCUCUACCUCCAUGACAGCAGGUCGGAGGUAAAAGCCAGACAGGAUGUUAAACCGGAUAUCUGCCAGCCACCGUACACUGACUACAGACAGCCUCCAGUGGACUACAGACAUCCACCAGUAGCAGACUACAGACAGCCUCCAACUAUGGACUACAGACACCCGCCUCCUCUCAUCGACUACAGACAGCAUUCGAUCCCAGAUUACAGGCCACAGGACUACGACUAUUUCACAGUGGAGCUGGAAAAGAGUGUGAAGGGCUUCGGCUUUAGCAUCAGAGGAGGGAGGGAGUACAAGAUGGACUUGUUUGUGCUCCGUCUGGCUGAGGACGGCCCCGCUAUUCGCAACGGCAGGAUGAGGGUUGGUGAUCAGAUCAUUGAGAUAAAUGGCGAGAGCACACGGGACAUGAGUCACGGCCGGGCCAUUGAGCUCAUCAAGGCGGGCGGGCGGCGAGUGCGUCUGCUGCUUAAACGGGGCAUGGGGCAGGUACCCGAAUAUGACGGUGCCACCUCCUGGAGUUCUGACCCUCCAGCCACCGCUGCCUUGCCGGAAGUAGCGUGGCUCCGUUAAUCGUCCUGUGCCCUUUGUCAUUGCCCGUCAUCUCACCCAGCCCUGCCCCCUGGAUUUGCUCCGCCCCCCUCCCCUCCCCUCCCCUCCCCCCCCUCUCUCUCACAGGCACUGCAUGAUGGGCCUGGACCAGACAUGGUGCUCACUGGAGGCCAGCUUAGCUUGGUGCCACCAGCAUUAUAGAGUUGCACACAGAGGAGGGGUGGCAGGUCCAUCCAGAAGAGCUGUGUAUAAACGGGAAGGAAAGUCCUGGAAAAGGAUAAACAGUGUCUGGUUUGAAGUCAGUGGAUGAAUGCCAGUCAUGGAUUGUCUGAUCCAGGUUUUUUUUAUGAUAAUGAAAAAGUGGAGGUGCCACCAGGCAAGAAUUAACUCACCUGGCUCGGACAGGUGCUCUGCAGUUUAACUCUAGAUCCAAGGACGUCCAAGAAGACCGGACCGGACUGUUUAAGUCUGGUCUUCCUGCCCAGUGGAUUCUCUCUCAUUGUGCUCCACUCACCAUCUGAUAGGGAUUCAACCCCGUUCACGUACUUGGUUGGUCAUGCCGGAGGGUUUGUUUGUAUUAUUUUGAGUUGCUUAUAUUACAGGCCCCUUACAUCCCUGGGGCAACCAGUGAUGAAAUUCAAGUAUCUAUGUGUAGCAUGAAAGGUACCACAGCCACCAGAAAUCCAUGAAGAACUCGAAUAUUUCAGCAGUAUUGUGUUUCAUUAUUUGUCAGUGUUAGUCCAGCGUACACCUUAUCAUGUGUUCUGAUGUGAACAGAAAGAUAAAACGAGGAGAAGAUCAUUUCAUCGUAUUGCAUUUUUAUGUUGGGGAAACAUGAUUUAGCUAAGAAAAGCUGUCAAUUGUGAAUUAUAAUUUUUUUAAAUGAUCAUAAACAAAGGGAAUUUUUUUUAAAAAACAGCAUCAUAUAAAUAAACAUAUCAGUCAGCGACACAAUCAUGAAGACUUGUACCUCUACUCAUCUGUAAUACAGUAUCAUGUUAGUAAUACAUUAUUAUAAUAAUAUGAAAUGCACUCCAUUUAUGUUAUGAAGGCAAGAUUUUUUAACGACUGUGGACUACCGAGCCAAACCUGCAUACCACGCGUUUGUGCAGGAUUUCUCAAAAGCCUCAGUGUGUCAUUCCAGCCUCAUUGUCCCUGUACUGUGCUUCACGAACCACACCACUGUGGGGCCGGGGCCCCGUCCCAAUCGUUAUAAUCGGCCCUCCCUUGUCUCCUUUUGCCUCAAGGCCAUCAAGCUAAAGGAACCUUAGUAGCUAGAAGCUAUGCGGUUGGAUUACAUCCAGAAAAUGGCAAAGCAAGGGGGAUUGAACUGUGCUGUCUGAGACUAUGGGAGUCUAAGUAAAUUGAAAUUGUUUCUCACGUGGAGGAAGGUGUGAGCCUGUGAGAUUUGGGGAAAUAGUAGAGUGUGUAUAGUGUAAACAGAGACCCAGUUGUAUGGGGCAGAGUGCCUUACUGGCAGGAAAGGAUACAGCAUAAAAUACGUUUUCCAAGAUAACUCAUAGUCCGUAUGUGGACUAUAUUGGAGAUUUAGCAUUUUUUUACAUUAAAACAUGCAGCUGUCAUAGUUGUUGGGAAUGUCUCUAAAAAUACCGUCAAUCUGCGUGUGCUUGGUACUAUAGGAAAAGCGCUACUGCUUCGACCAAUUGGUUAGUUCUACAUGUCUGUUUGUUAUUUCACACCAUACAGAUUUUUUUGAAACCAUGUUUUCUUGAAGUGCGUCACAAUUAGCACCAUGACAUAAUACCAGGCAAGUGAAUCAGUCAAGACAUUUGCGUUCAUCAUGCACAGCCUAGAUAAUAACCAGCGUCAUUAAAAGAAGUCCCAGCAUAAUUAAAAAUGAUAACAAAGCUUUUGUGUGUGUACUAAAGUCAAGAACUGUUAUUUUUUCCCCCUGUACUGAGAAAAGAAUGUGAAAUCUUGACAUGGUGUAAAACUCAGUUGAAACUCACUUAUAAUGGAAGUCUGAAGGAAGUAAUUGAAUUCUCUCAGUAAAUUUGUGAAGUACGUGACAGUGCAUGGUGGUGCAUCAGGUAGUGUGUAUUCCCAGGAUUGGCUCUGGAGUCACCACAACUCUGACCAGGAUAAACAAUUACUGAAGAAAAAUGAAUGAAUGUAGAGUUCAAAACUACAAUUACCUUCCCAACUCAAAUAUUUAGUGAAAUCUGUAUUCAGACAGACACUUCCAUGUUUCUUGCCUUUGAAUUUGAUCCCACUUCUGAUACGUUUUAUUAACAUUUAUUGUGUGCCCUGACAACUAGCCUUGGACUUCCAUCAUAAGCUCAUUUUUAAUCAAAUAAUCUUUUCUUCCAUUUUUCAAAUCUGGAUGAUGCCAUUGGACACAAGUCAUCCACAGCCGGGAGUCCAAGACAGCAAAAAUUGGCCAUGCUCUCUGGGUGGGAGGGAUGGGAUAUUCUCCUUUCUCUGUCAAUCACAGCAACACUAGCCAAUCAUCUAUGAUUCAUCUAUGAUGUUAUGUAUGCGGAAGAGGGUAGAUAGUGUGUGUCAUGAUCAGCUGUUUGAAAAAGUGAGGAUGGCUGGCUCCACAUGUCUCGGAGGAAGCACAUGUUAGCCUUCACCCUCCGUGGUUGCUAGUUGUUUUAUGAUAGAAGAGAGGUGGGUGGGAAGUGGCCAAGACGAAUAUAGUGAGAAUAUUUCUCAGUGCAGGGAAAAGUUCUUCAAAAUUCUUGUCUCUGGUAAUCACAUACUACAGAUUCAGUAGAUAUAGAUAAAGUUGGAAAAUGCCAAUAGAGUUUACUUUAAUAUGCGUUAAAACGUGGUGUUACAAGAGUACUGGCCACAUCGCAAGUACAUUUCUUACUAGAGAAAUGCUAGAUUUUCCCAACUGGAUUUACCAGAGCACAUGAGUCAGUAUAGCUUGUAAAGCUAAUUCUACAUUUUGAAAUCACCCUGCAUAUUUUUCACUGGUACCAGCCUGAGGUAGUAACCUUUCGUCUAAUAACAGCUUUUAGUCUUUAGCUUAACAGCAAGCAUGAUUGAUUGGAUCUCUACAUUGUGUGUAAGAAUGGAAGCUCAGCUACUUUUUCCGAGCAAGGAGUAAUUUGUGCCAUAAAAUGAUUCUGUAAGACAAACAUUUCUCUCUGCUCUGCCUUCAUGUGCAGUAUGUUCGGAUGAAAGUACAGUGGGUCUCUGCUGCUCUCCAGCCCACACACAGCCUGAUAACUGUGCCAACAGAAGACGAUACUCAAGUACAAGGAAUAUAACUCAGAAAUACGAAACAGUAUGGAAACAUUUAUAUCUGAGUUCAGUACCGAAGCUGCAUUCAAUUCAAUCACAUAUCAGAGACCUAAAUCUUGGGGGAAAUGUGAAGAAAAAAGAAAAAAAAAACCAUAAUGUACCACAGUGAAAAUGAAAGUGUUUAUAAGGCCCUGAUAGUUUCGUACCUACGACAUGCAUUUGUACCAGUGACUGAUUCACCGAGUGAUUAAAGUGUGUUAGAUUUAAUUGCUAAUUGCUGUUUACAUGUGGAGAUAUCGGAAGAGAAAGACAGAGCAUCUAUUGCACAGCUCAAGCUUUUCCUGAUGAAGCUGUAUCCUGCCUGCUUUGGGGGGGAAAAAACAAACAAACAAACAAACAAACAAACAAAACAAAAAAAAACAUUUUAUAUUACUGAGGAAAUAUUGAAUCUGUGAAAGAUGGCACAUUCAAGGGGCCCAUUUCAGAUCGAUAUUACUGUGUAGUGUUAGAUGUGUAUUUACCUUGUACAGCUGUACUCCUAUAAAUAUGGUUUAAUGUAUUAUUGAUAGUUUCAAAGACUUAAGUGAUCAAAUAUUUUUAUGAAAUGCAACAGUGCGGAUAUAUUAAAUUUUGCUAAACUCUUGUUUACCUGUAUGAUAUUCUGAAAUACUGUUAAAUAAACUCUUGACAUGGUGUAAAGUAUUCAUUUUAUAGUACUCAUUAUACUCAUGUCCGUUUCUAUGAGUGUGAGCAGUUGUUAAAGGUACUGAACAACACAAAUAAAAGAAAUGAUCAUAAUUAAA